CACCAACAACAACAAAGAAUCAAGUGAAAAGCCUUUAUCGACCGAUCGAAUUGGGACAAAUCAAUGUAGAAGAUCCUGAUGAUUGGGAUGUUGGUGAUAAAAAAUUUUCCUGGCUUGAACAACCAACAUCGACAAUAGAUUCAAAUUUAAGAAAUAAUUUCUAUAUCGAUUCAAAUCGUGGACAAGUUUUAGCAAGAAAACUUUCAAAAGGAUUAUUUAAAUUAAAAUUUCAAAUAUUUGAUCGUCGUUAUCAACAUAUGGUACAAUCAACAAUGAAUAUUAUGAUAAAAUCAUUACCAUUUGAAGCAAUAAUUAAUUCCGGUUCAUUACGAAUAAUUAAUUUAUUGGAUGCAAUGGAAUUUAUACGAAUAUGGGAUUGGCAAAAACGUCGACAAAUAAUUAGCCAUAAAGAACGAUUAGAAUUAUGUUUAAAACAAUUAUUCAAUUGUGAUUGGUUGGCAAUUAUUUCGAUCAAAUGGAAUCAAAAAUUAUCAUCAUUAGAUAUACGUUAUUCGGCAAGAAAAAAUAAUCAAUAUUUAUCAUCAAUUUAUCUAAAUUCAAUGGCUAAAAUAGCUAGUGAUCAUAUUCGUUCACAAACAAAUCUUAAUAUUAUUGAAUUUGGUAUCAAUGAUUGUAUGAUGAAUGAAGAAAAUCGUAAUCAUCAAUGUUCACAACAAUCAAAUGGUUGUAUGACAGAUAUAUUAAUCGAUUGGACUGAUCCAUAUCAAUUGAUUGAUGCAAAUUUUACAUCAUUUAUUGGUAUAAAUAUUAUAACAAAAAUUAAGUGCCAAUGUUUUUAUGAUCAAUUAUUAACAUAUAUUGUUGAUCAUAAAUUUAACUGUGAUAUUGAUCAGAUAUUAUGUCAACCACCAUCAUUGUAUUUAUCAUCAUCAUCUUCAUCCACAUCUGCAUCUGCAUCUUGUUAUCAACAAGAACGAAUAAAUCUUUUUACACGUAGCCUAAUGACAUCGAUCACUAAUCUUAAUUUUCGUUGUCUUUUUAUCAAUUAUUAUAAUCAACAACAACAAUAUGAACGACAACAACAACAACAACAACAACAGAAUCGAGAUCAAAUUAUACAACCAUCAAAAACAACAACAAUAACCAAUAUACGAUCAUUCAAAUCGGAUGGAAUUAUAUGGCUAGAUCCAUUACCAAUUUGUACAAAAAGUAAAAAUGUUUUUAGUGUACAAAUAUCAACAACCGAUCCUAAUGGAAUUAUUUUCUACUAUGGACCAAUCAAAUCAUCAUCAUCAUCAUCAUUUUAUGGAACCGGUAUUGAACAACAACAACAACAACAACAAUCUGAUGAAACAGAUUUCAUGUUUCUCGAAUUGGUUGAUGGAUCACCUCGAUUACUAUUUGAUUUUGGUUCCGGUAUUCAAGAAAUAACUAUUAACAUUGAAAAUGGACAUUUAAAUGAUGGAAAUUGGCAUCAAUUGGAUAUACAAUUUGAUUCAAAUUUAGUACAUUUAAUGCUUGAUGCAUGUAUUCAUCAUGUUCAACAUGAUCAACAACAACAACGAUCAUCAUCAUCAUCGUUGAAUAAUGAUGAUGAUCAAUUUCGCCAUUAUCAUACUGGAUCAUUUUCAGACAUUGAUCGAAUGACAAUGGAAAAAUGUCAAAAUUAUUCGAUUAUAACAAAAUUUCAACAUGUUUUGAAUGUAAAUGCACCGUUACAAUUGGGUGGAAUCGAACUAUUAACAACAACAUCAAUAAUGGCAUCGAAAAUAAUGUCUAAAAAUGUUAAUAUAUCAACAGCAACAUCUUCGAUAACAGAUUUUAAUGAUGACAAUGUUAGUAUCGAAUCGAUAUUGCCACCGAUUAUAAUGUCGGCACUUAGUCAUCAACCAUUACCAUCAACAUUAUCAUCAUCGACAUCCUCCAUACGACGCAAACGUAUUGUCGGUUUUAAUGGCUGUAUAAAGAAUGUUAUUUUUAACAAUCAUAUGUACGAUCUUAUAAAUGUACAUCAUUCAUUUAAUACACAAAUUGGUUGCCAUUCAUCUCAAUCAUUGUGUGCUUUUCUUAAUAAAAAAUGUCAAAAUAAUGGCUAUUGUGAUGGCAGCUAUAAUCAUGUAAAAUGUCAUUGUCCACGAGGUUUUUAUGGCAAACAUUGUGAACAAAUUGAUCGACCGGUAUUGUUUUUACAGAAAAGUUUUCUACAACUUUCUUUAAAACUUAUCAAUUAUAAUGAUAAUUUGAUGACACAAUCUACAUUUGAUAUGACAGAAUUUUAUCAUACUGAAUAUGAUAAAGGAUUUGUAACAAAAAUCGAUUUCUAUUUCCGUACACGACAAUGGCAAAGUCGAAUCAUUAAAUUGAUUGGUAAAAAUAUACAAACAUAUUGUCUAAUCGAAAUACGUGAAGCUCAUAUUGUAUUUCGUUUCAAUCUUAAUCCAACGGGAAUUAAAUCUUCUGAACAUCGAUUAUCGAUCGAUUCAUUCUUAAUCAAUGAUGGUCGUUGGCAUUAUGUACGUGCUAUACGUAUGGGACAAUCAGCUCAAUUAAUUCUUGAUAAUGGUGGUGUUGGAAAAAUGGCACGUUAUUCUUCAUUGAACAAUUUUAAUAAUGAACAUAAUCGUCGACGAUUGAAAUAUGGUGGAUCAUUAUAUGAUGGAUAUUUUCUUUUCGAUAUGAAUAGUGAACAUAUCGUUAUCGGUGGUGAUGUCAGUCAUUUGACCGUUGAUAAAACAAACAUUAUUGAUAAUUUUGCCGAUGGCUGUAUUAGUGAUUUGAAAAUAAAUGACAUUGACAUUUCAUUGGGUGAUUUUAUUCAACCAUUCAAUACAAUUGACCGUCCAAAUACUUUAUCAAAUAAUGAUAAUGAUGGUCGAAGAAUAAUCAAUGAACAACAGCAAUGGCCAAUAGAUUCAUCGAAUCAUCCAUCAUUAAGCCAUUCGAACAUUAACUUGAUGGCCGUUAAAAAUCAACAACAACAUAAGACAACAAUGAAACAUGCCAAACCAAACAACAACAACAAUAAUGAUGAUCAGAAUAAAGAAAUGAUUAUUGAAAUUUCGAUAACAAAACAGCAAAAUAUUCGUAACGGAUGUCAAUCACCACCGAUCAAUUCUUGUAUUGAAUUACAUUGUCGUAAACCAUUCAUCUGUAUCGAUGAAUGGAUGGUUGCCAAAUGCAGAUGUCCCAAAGGAUAUAUCGAAAGUAAUGAUGGAAAAAAUUGUAUCAAAAAUAUUAUUACAUCACAACAACAAUAUUGUCAACAACAACAACAACAAUGGCAAAGACAACAACAACAAUUGAAUUUACCUUGUGGUAUGGCUAUUAAUGAUGGUUGCAAUAUAAUUUCAUCAAUAAUGAAUCAAGAAAAUCAACAUCAAAUGUCAAAAUCAUAUGGACAAAAUGAUUCUUCAUCAUCAUCAUCGAAGAAUAAUAAUGACAUUCUAUACAAUCGGUUAUUCUCUAUCGAUUCUUUCAAUGAUCCACAUUGUUCUGAUCAUUCAGCUGAACAACCACCACAACCAUUGGAAGAUAAUGAUGAUGAUCAACAGCUUGAAGAACAUUAUCUGAUUGAUGAAUUAUCAUCAUCAUCAUCAUCAACACCGGAUGCAAGCAAUACAAAUAUUAAUCGAAUGAAUCGAAAGAAAAAUAAACAACCAUCAAUAUUGAAUGCACAAAAAUUUCAAUUAGAAUAUUAUGGUUUAUUUUUUAUCAUAUUAAUCAUAUUGAUUCCAUUGAAUAUACCAUUUCUUGUUUAUAUUGGAUAUAUUUGCUGGCGUAAUCGACGACGACGACAACGACGUCAACGACAACAAAAUAUUGAUAAUGAAAAUAAUGAUGAUCAUGAACAAACAUCCAACAACAAUAUAAUCCUUAAAUCAAAUUCAUAUGAUAUGAUAACUGCCAAUAAUACAAUUGGUGAUGGUCAAAAAUCUAGUAAUUUAAAUGAUGAUAUUCGUGAAAAUAUUAUCUAUUAUCAUGAUGAAGGUGGUGGUGAAUGUGAUAUUGGUGUUUAUGAUAUGUAUCCAUUACGUAUACAAAUUCAUAAUAUUGAACAACAACAACAACAAUCAUUAUCCCAUCAUCAUCAUCAUCAUCAUCUUCUUCAUCAUAAACAACAUCAAUUGGAUCCAUCAAUCAUUAAUUCAUUAUCACCAUUAUCAUCAACAAUAAUCAAUAACAACAAAUCAUCAACAACCGAACCUAAUUCGGAAGUUUGGCAAGAAUUGACUGUUAUUUGAUGUUUAUUCAGGUUUGAAAAAAACAAACGAAACGAAACGAAAAGAAUUUUCUUGAUGAUUUCCGAUAUUCAUCAUCAUCAUUUGUA